UACUGGCGCCAUACGCAUUUUGACCUAACCUCAAUCAUCUCCUCCACUCCUGCCAAUCGCCUCCGCCUGCCGCCGUCGCACCGUCGUAUCGCCUCCGUCUGACCACCGAUCAUCAAAAAACGACAGGGACUUUUGGAGUCACUGGAGAAGUCGUGAUGAUGGUGGUUGUUUAUAAAACAUGUGUAUGAAUGUAACAAGACGACAAACACAGACAAACAAGAAUGCUAAAAGUGUGGAUGGAUCCAUAGAAAAGGAUCUAGAAUAUAUAUGAAUGCGUGUUUGUAUCAAGGUUGAGUGGGGAAAGAAUGGAUUCUAGCGAUGAUAAAAAGAGAAUGAAUGUAGAAGACGACGAUAGACUAAGCAGCUUGCAAGACGAGCUUAUCCAUAAAAUUCUUUCUUUUAUCGGCAUCAAACAUGCUAUUCAAACGAGUGUUUUGUCUUCGAGAUGGAGGUUUAUUUGGACUUCAAUGCCUUAUCUCAAUUUCUCAUGGGACGAUUUCUAUGAGUUACCCAAGUUCUCCGAAUUUGUCACUCGUGUUCUCUCUGGCCGCAAUAAUCAAACAGAAGUGUCUUCAGUCAAGCUUAGUAAUUUUCGUGGAAAGGAUAGCGAUGUGAUUGUCGAACAAAUCAUGAAGUAUGCAUUCUCUCACAAUAUCCAACAACUGAAUGUUGCAUGCUUGCCUCAGAAUAAUGUUGAAUUCCCUCCUUUUCUCUUUAGUUCUCGGUCUCUUAAACAUCUUAGUUUGACAAAGGAAAAUUUCUCAGCAUUCCAAAGGAGACAUUCUUCUUCAUAUGUCUUUAAAGCAAAAUCUACUUGGGAGCUCCCUGUCUUAACAACACUGUAUCUCUAUGGUGUCACUUUGUGUUGCGAUGACAAUACUGAUAAGUGCAUUGGUUUUUUCUCCAAGUGUGCAAACUUGAAGAAUCUUACCUUAAAAAGUUGCUAUACGGAGGGAUUUAAGGGUUUAAGUAUAUGUCUUCCUCUACUUUCCAAUCUUACAAUUGAAGAUGUUUAUGGUAGUGUGGAGGAUUACAAUAUUGUUGCACCUGAACUCAAGAACCUCAAUAUGAGUGGUGUCUUUACGCAAGACCAUCAGUAUCUGAUUUCUGCGCCCGCCCUUGUAUCCUUGCUUUAUAAAGGGUUUUAUGAUUUGUCACUUUCUACAGACGAUUUCUCCUCUUUGGAGAAGGCGGAUAUUUGUGUAUCUUAUCCAAGAGAUGCUCGUAAAGCUCUACGACUGCUUCAACAACUUCACAAUGUCAAGUUUCUUACACUUAACUUGGAAAUUGUCGAGCUUCUAAAUAGAUCUGUGGAUUUAAUGUCGUAUCAACCUUCUCCGUUUGUUAACUUAAAGAGUUUAAAGAUUCAUCCUGUAAGAGAACUUUCAGAGGUUCGAGAACACACUAGAGGAAAGAUGUAUGCAGAAGUCAAAAGCUAUUUGCUAGACGGUUCCACAGGUGCCACCUUAAUAAUGGUGUCGCGUGAGGAUAUUAGAGCUAUUAAAAACACCAAGUUUGCACAAGAAUUUGUUUCGGAGUUAUGGGAAAUGUUAGAGCAGGAGAAAGCUAGAAUAGAGGCCAAAAUGACAAAGACGCGUGAACAAGGGAGGCCACAUUUUAGUGAACAUAUCUAUAAGUGUAACGAUAUGUGUUGGGAAUAUACGAGUGUGCAGGUUAAAGAAGGGAAAGAAAAGACUUCUGACAUUAUCUCAAUGUUGCAAAAUAUUAAAGGAUUACUGGCAGAGUUGCCUGCAUCAAACCAGGCUACCAUUCACCCAUCUUUUUCAACUUUGUGUGCUGAGGCCGCCAUUGUGACGAAUAAAAUAACAGAAUGCAUAAAGAUGGACUGUGCUGAGAAUCAAAGACGUUUAAAUGUGUGCUUGCAUGACCUUGCUACCACAUUGCAGGCGCAGCCGUCUUCUAAGCUAGGUGCGAGUUCUUGAGUUACCUUGUACUCACUAGUGAUGACUCUUAUCAAAAGGUAAACUCUUGCCUUGAUAUUGUUCUUUUGUUUGGAUAUGUUUGUUUUCUACCAAAAAAUCUUGACUGCUAACUCUUGGUGCCGUGUUGCUCUUAAUUUGGUGUCAUUGCUGCCUCAUUAUUUAUGUUGGUUGCUUUUUCUAAUCGAUGAAAAGUUCGUUUA